UAGUUUCCCUCGCCGCAAGGAUGGCGCAGAAAAUUAAUCAGAAAGAGUACCUGAAACGUUAUCUUUCCAAUGAUAAGGAAAAGAAGAAGAAAAAGAAAAAGGUGAAAAAGCCCAUCGGCAAGGAAACCGUGCGGAUCAUCGACGACGACUUAGACUUCGCAAAGCUUCAGACCAUCGAGAAUCCCGACGAUGUGGAUCUCUUUGCCCUUGGGGAGGAAGCACCCCAGAUUGUGGGCAUAAUUGAUGAUCGGCCGCCGGAACUGCGGGCGAAGGAGGACUUUAGCAGCAACAAGUGGAAAGUGGUGGCAGCUAAUGAUGAUACGCUGCAGGUUCGCGAUGUUAGUAACCGCACCGGGGAUGUUCGACUAGCCAUUGGUGUUGAAACAAAUGCGAAACAAGCGUCAACAAGUAGCGGUGGAAAGGCCCGGCGAGACUCGGAUGAAAGCCCACCAAGGAACCGAAGGUCCAAAGAUACCCGAUCCAAGCGACUCGACUCCGAUGAAAGUCCUCCUCGGCGUGCCGUUACUUCAGACACGCAAAUGGUUCGAAGCCGGCGCGAUGAUUCUGAUGAAAGCCCUCCGAGACGAUCCAAGUCCGACAAAACAGCCCCCAAACGUGGUAAUCGUCACGAUUCGGGUGAAAGCCCACCGAGAAGAUUGCGCCGUGAUUCCGAUGAAAGCCCUGCGAGACGAACCAAGUCCGACAAAUCAGCCCCCAAACGUGGUAAUCGUCACGAUUCGGAUGAAAGCCCACCGAGAAGAUUGCGCCGCGAUUCCGAUGAAAGCCUUCCGAGACGGCCCGGCAGUAGAGAUUUGCACAAAAGUUCGUCCAACGGAGCUACACGAAACAAGAGUUCUCACAGAGCCAGCCAUCGUCACAUGGAUUCGGAUGAGAGUCCCGACCGGCGAAACUGUGGUUCUAACAGUCGGCGCGAUCGCGGUAUCGCUCGUGAAAGCCCUCGCCGGCUGGUAUCCAGCCAUCGCACGGAUCCAGUACGUCGGUCAUCACGGCGUGACUCAGAUGAAAGCCCUCCGAGGCGUAGAGGGAACGAUUCUAGAGAACGGAGCAAGUCUCGCCGAAGUCCUGCAGGACGCAACCGCCAGUCAACGGUGGAGCCAGCGGUUCGCAUAAAGCAAGAGCCACGGUGCGACUCGGAUGAAAGUCCCCCAAGACGGGGGCAAAAACGGUCAUCGAGAAGUCCCUCGAGACGCACAGCCACAAUUCUACCUCCAGUCCGAGUGAAAGAGGAACGUAAUCGUUCCCCCCCGGAACAGGAAGCCGCCGGUCCGAGUCGCAUGACCAAAACACUCGACGGCAAACGGGUUGGGCUACAGGCCGCACGAGCCGUACGCGAAGAAAACGAGCGCUUCCGGCAGCGGGAGGAUGAACUGUUUUCGAAAAUGUCUGCCGAUCUUACGGGGCGCGACGCACAGACGGUGGUUCGUGGCAAAACGGGCCGCCGGAAGGACAUCGAGAAGGAGCUUCGGGAAGAGUUCGAAAAGCGCAAGCACGAGGAGAAGAAAAAGGAAAUCUACACGCGCUGGGGAAAAGGUGUGAAGCAAGUGGAGGAUUACAACGCACGGCUGCAGGAGGCGGCACACGAGAUGGAGAAACCGCUUGCACGGUACGCGAACGAUAGCGAUCUGGAUGAGCAUCUGAAAAAACAAGAACGCAUCGGCGACCCAAUGUUGGAGUAUUUGCGCAGCAAACGCAAGGAAGAGAGCCAGCGGGCCGGCAUACCGGAGAAACCGUCGUACCAAGGUGCGUACCCGGACAACCGAUUCAACAUACGGCCCGGCUAUCGAUGGGAUGGCGUCGAUCGGUCGAACGGGUUCGAGAAGCGCUGGUUCGAUACGAUGAGCAAGAAGAAAGCGGUCGAGGAGGAAGCGUACAAGUACAGCGUCGAGGACAUGUGA